GUUGACCGGUAAAGAUCUGCUCGUUGGCGUUCACCAUCAGAAACGAAGACGAUGGCGGGAAGCUUAGCGACGGUCUUGGGAGAAGACCUGCGCAGUAAGGUACAAAAUGCGAAGAUCUUGGUGGUGGGAGCCGGUGGAAUUGGUUGCGAGCUGCUCAAGAAUCUGGUGCUCAGCGGCUUCGAGGAUAUCGAGCUCAUUGACCUGGACACCAUCGACGUGUCGAACCUAAAUCGCCAAUUCCUGUUCCGGUCGCAUCACGUGGGUAAGUCUAAGGCGCUUGUGGCCAAGGAAAUCGCCACGACCUUCAACCCGCGCGCCAAAAUUAAGGCGCACCAUGGCAACAUUAAGAGCAGCCAGUUCGGCCUCGAGUACUUCCAGCAAUUCUCACUCGUGCUCAACGCUCUGGACAACGUGGACGCGCGUAAGCACGUGAAUCGUUUAUGUCUAGCCACUAAUAUACCACUCAUCGAGAGCGGCACCACGGGCUACCUUGGCCAGGUAUUUGUCAUCAAGAAAGGUGAGACUGAAUGCUACGAGUGCACAACCAAGGUCACGCAGAAGCAGUACCCGAUCUGUACUAUUCGUAGUACACCUGAGAAGAUGGUACACUGCAUCGUGUGGGCCAAGGAGUGCUACAAGCUUCUCUUCGGUAAGAUGGAAGACUCCAUGUUGUGGGAGGACCCGACAAACGAGGAUAAAUCGGUCUUUAUGGAUCUCUGCACACGCUCACCGGACAUGAACCUCGACGAUGUCACUAAGCUACAGGAGUAUGCAUGUGGCGUCUUCCGCGGGCUUUUCGAUUUUGAGAUCAAGAAGAGGCUUGAGAUGAAGACGUACAAGGCGGCGGCCAAACGUCCACAGCCGUUGGUCUUGGAGGAGAUUGUUGGCUCGAACAUUGUGAAGGCAAUUAGUCUCAACGAUGAGGCGGUUAAGAAGCAGACCGAUAACGGGAAGAUCUGGAACGACCGCGACGUGUGGAGCGUUUCGGAGUGCGUGACCCGCUUUGUGUCGUGUAUUGUCCGUACCCUCAGCAGUGAGCAGUCUCGCGCCAACCUGGGUAGCUACGAGUUCGACAAGGAUGACGCUACUGCGAUGGAGUUCGUGACUGCUGCUGCAAACUUACGUGCGUCUGUGUUCUCCAUUGCAAUGGAGUCGUUGUACAGCUGCAAGGGCAUUGCCGGUAACAUCAUCCCUGCUAUCGCCACUACGAACGCUAUCGUGGCUGGUUUCCAGGUGCUCAAGGCUUUUCGUAUUCUAGAGGCAGCAAAGCCGGUGGGAGAAGCAUGCAAAUACACACACUGCAAUCGUUCGUGGAAUGCUCGUGGUGAGCUCCUUCAGCCUAGUGCCCUCGCGAAGCCGAACCCGCAGUGCUACGUGUGCUCCAAGCACACAGUGGAGCUGGCUGUGGACACCAACCGCAUGCUGCUGCGUGGCUUGGUGGAACUAGUGCUGAAGAAGAAACUAGGCGUGAACGAGCCCACUAUUUCGAUCGGACCUAACACAAUCUACGAAGAAGGUGAGGAUGCUGAGACGAGUCUGGCGGUCAACCUGGAGAAGAAGCUCGUGGAUCUGCCUGGCAAGGGUAUCCGUCACGAUACUACCGUGUCUAUCGAGGAUUUCUCGCAGGAUUUCCGCUGCAACAUCCGCGUGUUCCAUCGCGACGAAGAAGAGUUCGGAGAGGAGGCGACGGAGCUAUUCGCGCUGGGAGGCGACAUCGCUAAGUUAGCAGCAGAUCUGAAGGUGGAGGAGGAGAAACAGGCGGCGCUCAAAGAGGCUGCUGUCUCUGCUCAAGACGACGAUGACGAUGAUUACUUCGAGGAGGUCGAGCCCAUGGAUGUCCUAGUGCACAAGCGCAGUAGGGAUACAACUGAAGACGAUGCGACUUCAAGCAAGAAGGCCAAGUCCGACGUGGUGGAUCUGCUCUAGAUUCGUACUUAGUGGGGAAUAGUAAUCUUCACGAUGAGUAAUGAUACUGGCUUUUGACUUGAUUAAAGUAUUGA